AAAAUAUAUUUAAAAAAAAAAUGUUGCGGUAAUCUCGAUGGUUGAAUUCUAGGGCAUGUUUAGACUAGUAUUUUAUUUGUCUUUUUUGAACUUUUAUUUUAAAAGGUCAGUUUUUUCACAAUGGAAGUCCAAACAUUGGCAUCUAUAAAUGCAAUGGAAUACGAGGACUCUCCAGGCAAUGUGUGCAUGUUCUCUUCCCACUUGUCCUAGUCGUGACCGCGAUGACGAAGAGGACGAGGAGGAGGACUACCAGCGGCAGCAGCAGGAGCAGCAGGAACACGGGAGAGGUAGUGUGUCGUUUGCGAAAGGAGCCGAAGCGAGACAGAAAGGAGAGCGGCCAGAGCGGCAAGACCGGCGGCGCUCAGGGUCUCGCAAGGAACGCUCAGACUCACCUCAAACACGCUCCGAGUCAGGUUAUGGACGGUCAGAAUCACGCCAGUCUCGCUCAGAGUCACGCCAGGCUCGCUCAGAGUCAGGCCAAGCUCGCUCAGAGUCAGGCCAGGCUCGCUCAGAGUCAGGCCAGGCAGGCUCAGAGUCAGGUUAUGGUCGUUCGGAGCCAGGCUAUGAACGCUCAGAGUCGGCCCGUGGACGCUCAGAGUCUCACCGUGGAUCCAGGUCGGAGACCACAGAAGCUAGACAUGACAGGCCUGGCCGCCGGUAUCAUAACCCCAGUGUCUUCGACCCACCGCCAACUUGUUCCGACUACUUAAAAAUGAUUCAACGAAAAAUUUGCAACUGUUGUUGUGAUGCAUGUACGUAUUGGAAUAAACUGCGGGACGACCGCUUCAGGUGGGAGUUAUUCAAGAGUGUCCUGUUCUUUACCAUGGGACUAAAGCUUUUUAGCGAUAUAUCCCGGCAUAUGAACAAGCCUAUCGGCGCAGGCACUGGUCUAUUCGGCCUAUUUAGCGGCCUGGACUCUGGAAACGAAGGUACAGGGACCGUCAGAGCUACCAGGCGACCAUGCCGACCAAGAGUAUAAAUCGGUUGUGGAAUAUGCAUGCACUGUCUUUUGGAGAAUUAUACGUUUUUUAAAUUUA